CUGGACUUUUAUGAUGGUCGAUCCGCGAAUCCUGGACUACCAACGAUGUCGCUACUACAACUUGCUAUGGAGCUGCAAACAGAAGGCCAUAGAAGUUUUCAAGCAGGGCGCACAGACGCGUCUCACCAAAGGCCGUCUCGAUGGUAUAGUACUAGUACCUCCAGAAGAUUGGUACCUACAUUCUGGGAGCGAUUCGAACGAAGGGAGCGAUAGCGCUUCGAAUACAUCGACCAAUUCCCUGUCUGAAGAUGUAGCAAGUGCAGAUUGCGGAGAUAGGAUAGUAGUGUUCCUAGGAUUAGUCAAGGCAGCCGACGGCCAAUUUUCGGAGAAGGGCGAUUCGGGGGCGUUGGUUUUUGCCCAAGACAGCCACAACACGACCGUACCCUUAGGGGUACACUUGGGAAAGUCUACGUUGUGGAAUGCUGCCCUUUUCCUGUCUUUGGAAGCAUUCGCAGCAGUUGGAGAGAAGCCCGAGCACCAGUGGGAUUUGACCUUUCUUUGAAAAGCUCCUUGGUAGUGAAGUAGGAAGGGAUACGUGUCUUUGCAUUCUAUGUUUUAUCAACAAUCACAGUUACUUUGUGUUCAAAAUUUGAGAUUACUUUCUUUGUCCUCCGAAUAACUUAUAGCUUGUGUUCCCACUCAUUUUCUCUUGUUUCUCGCGUUGUGUUGAGGGUCAUGGUAAUUUCUACCCUUAUUCCUCUUCAUUCUAUGCAUAUUCGAUCUGGUUCUUGUACACCUCCCUGCUUUCACAGACUCAUCUUUCCGCUUACCAUAUUCUGCUUUCGAUGAUGUAUCUUUCUUCGCGUUCGACCAACAAACCAGGGCUCGUCAGUCAGUGGGGACACAUCCUUAAUAUUAUUGUAAGGCUUA